AUGAGAAUUCAAAUCGGGUUGAAUCAAUUGCCGGCGGCACCACAUCCGGAUGAGCCCGACUUCAACGAUACAGAGGACUUCGAGAAUGCUUCCCGGGGGUUCGUAGCAAAACUGGAACCAUGCAUUAUUAGAGAUCCCAAGGGCCACGUCGUGUGGGACAAUGACGCCUAUGAUUUCGUCAAAGAGCAAUGCCCAAAUACCGUCAAUCCAAAGCUCUGGAGGCAGGCUCAGCUCACAGCCAUCCAAGGCCUGUACGAGGUUUCACCAGCCGUGUACCAGGUCCGCGGGUUUGACAUAUCUAAUAUGUCGAUAGUCGAAGGCCACAGUGGUAUCAUCAUCAUUGAUCCACUGACGUCCAUGGAGUGCGCUCAGGAAGCCUUGAAGUUUUACCGCACCCAUCGCGGGAACCGUCCAGUUACGGCCGUGAUUUAUUCUCACUCUCACGCGGACCAUUACGGCGGCGCACUCUGCGUUCUGCCAAAGGACACUGGCAGUAUUCCCAUUAUUGCGCCGGAAGGCUUCAUGAAGGAAGUAACAUCGGAGCACGUCCUCGCUGGACCAUCGAUGCUCCGACGAGCAGCUUUCAUGUAUGGCACUCGACUUCCAAAGCAUCCACGAGGGCAAGUAGGCACCGGCCUAGGGAUGGGUGCGUCGGCCGGGACCACGUCCAUAAUCCCUCCAAACACCUUGGUGACCAAGACUGGGCAAGAGCUUGUGAUUGAUGGAGUGAAAUUCGUCUUCCAGCUUGUUCCUGGGACGGAAGCGCCCGCCGAGCUGAAUUUCUUCCUUCCUGACCACGAGGCGUUAUAUAUUUCUGAGUGCGCGACACACUGCCUGCACAAUAUCGUAACCCUCCGCGGUGCAUCCGUCCGAGACGCCAGAGCUUGGUCGCAAUAUCUAGACGAGACAAUCGAGCUAUACGGAGAACGCUCAAAGGUGCUCUUUGCCGGGCAUCACUGGCCAACGUGGGGAGAGGACAAGAUCAGGAAAUUGGUCUUGGAGCAACGGGAUAUGUACGCCUUCCUUCACGACCAAACUGUCAGGCUGAUGAACAAGGGCUUGACCGGGACAGAGAUCGCCGAGAUAAUGAUCCUCCCUCCGAAAUUACGAAGAGCAUGGCACGCCCAAGGUUACUAUGGUUCCGUUAGCCACAACGUCAAAGGGAUCUAUCAGAGGUAUAUGACUUGGUUUGAUGGUAAUCCGGCCCAUCUGUGGCCUCAUACCCCUUCUGAAGAAGGGAAAAGAUAUAUCAGAUGCUUUGGUGGCGUUGACGAGCUAGUAUCGAAGGCUCGGGUGUUCAUCGAGGAGGGAGACCUGAGAUUUGCCGCCACACUGCUGGACCACGCUGUCUCUGCAGAGCCUGAGAAUAGACUGGCCGCGGAAACGUUGGCCUGGGUCUUUGAGAAGAUGGGAUUUGCAGCUGAGAAUGCUACUUGGCGCAACUUCUUCCUCACGCGCACGAUGGACUUGCGAAACAAGGGUAAAUCUCGCCAGGCCAUGGACACAACAACGGCCAGUGUGACAUUAAAUCCUGAUGCGAGCAUUGAGGACUGGCUUGACGCAAUCGCCAUUUCUGUAGAUGGACUCAAGGCUGCGGAGGAGUUUGAAGAGUCACAGAGCAUCCUGGUGCGUGUUCUUGAGUUGGAGAGCAGAUGGAAAAUCACUCUCAGUAAUGGCGCGAUGACGUACCGAUCAUUUUCCAAAACUGAGGAGCAGCAGGUGGAUGACUUUGGAAAAACAAGGCCUGCAAUUGCCAUUGACACUAAGAAACAACUUUAUGAACUACUUAGUAGAAACGCCAGCUUGUCGCAGUUCACAUGUGGAGGACCUAGAGAUAGUCUCUUCCUCCAGCGGCUGCUGGAGCUGAGUGCUAUCACUGUGUGA